AUGCCGAAUGAGAGGAAUUUACCUUCAAAAGAGAUUCAAAAAAGCAAAUCCGAUCCCCAAACCAUCCUUGAUGAAAACAAACCGUCUUCCUCCUCCUCAGAUAUAAUCAUGUCAGACGAGAACUGGAAUUAUGAAACUCAAACCAAAGACUCAUUAAUGUUCGAUGGCUCCUACGCCACCAACACACAAUCCAGUACUACAACAUCCCACCAUCCAUCUUCCAAGCCUGAACAUCCAGCUUCAUCUUCCGAUAAAAGAUACGUACCAACUCCACGUCGUUAUCGCGGAAUUUUAGAUCCUCGUGAUGCUGCAGAAGAUGCGGCAUUUUUUGCUCGAGCAAAUAGACGGUAUCGUCAGGGAAUCGAGAAUGCUUUUCGUGAGAAUGAAAGGAAGACUGGGGAAAAAAUUUUUGGGAGUGCAGAAAGGAAGAAAGUAGUUCUCAAAGACGAAGGCUCUUGCGGCUUCUUCUCCUGCAGCUGA